AUGACCGAUUCGAGUUACGCUGCUGUGAAGAUGGAGUUUGUUAAAGAGGAGACUGAAGACGUGAAUGAUGCAGAAACACACAGAAUGAAAGAUGAAGAUGCUGACGAACAGGGAGAUAUGCUGGAAGUGAAGGUGGAAAGUGAAGAAUUGAAUGCAGUGGAGGAGGAUCAUCAGAAGAUCAACACAGGAGAACAAUCACAGACUGAAGAUGAUUUCUCCCAGAAGAGAACGGGAGCCAAGAAGUCUGCGUUCGGCUGCGAUCGGUGCGGGAAGCGUUUCACGCUCAAAGUCAACCUCAACAGCCACAUCAAAAUCCACAGCGGAGAGCGAAACUUCAGCUGUCUGCAGUGCGGCAGCGGUUUCUUCAAGAACGCGGACCUGAAGAGACACUUGCAGACUCACAGCGGAGAGAAGCCCUUCAGCUGCCCGCACUGCGCCAAGAGCUUCACGCGCAAGGAGAGCCUGGAGAACCACGUCAGGAUCCACACGGGAGAGAAGCCCUUCACCUGCCUCCUGUGCGACAAGAGCUUCAUCCGCAAGGGACACUUCAAGAAUCACAUGAGGAUUCACUCCGGAGAGAGACCUUUCGCGUGUCACGAGUGCGGGAAGAGCUUCACGCAGGCCACCGUCCUCAGAAACCACCGGCGCUCGCACUCCGGAGAACGACCGUUCGGCUGCGAUCGCUGCGGAAAGAGCUUCGUCUCGGCGAAGCACCUGAAGAUCCACCAGAAGAUCCACCAGAAGCUCUUCCUGUGCUCCUUCUGCGGAAAGAUGUUUUCACAGCUGGGUUACCUGAAGGAGCACCAGAAGAUCCACGGCGGAGAGAAAGCUCACGUGUGCUCGGUGUGCGGGAACGGCUUCUCCAGAGCCAAAUACCUGAAAGAACAUCAGAAAGUCCACACGGGAGAGAAACCCUACAAGUGCUCGCGCUGCGACAAGAGUUUCAGUCAGUCGGGGAACCUGAAAAUACACCAGAGGGUUCAUAGCGGAGAGAAGCCGCACCGCUGCCCGCCGUGUGGACGGAGCUUCAUCACGUCCAGCGCUCUGCUGUCGCACGGGAGAAACUGUCACCAGAAGUUAUCGUAGUGAGCAGGAGUCAGGAGAGAAACUGAGACGUCAUCAUGCAAAAUCACUGGAACAUCUACAUGCUGGAGAGCAGCAGCGAUCUGACAUUCAGUGUUAACUCUGUGCAGUAGUGCUUGUCAGACAAUAAGUCUGUGAUUUCUCCAUGCACAUCCUCAACAAAUUCAUUAUAUCAGUCUCAGUUUGUGAGAGUGAAUUGAAAAGACGAGCAGUGAGAACAUGAGGAGAUCAGAAGAGUGCUGGAAAUCUAACAAAUACAGCUCUGAUGAAAAUAUGA